AUGUACGAAGAUACUUUACAUUCUUGUAUGAAAAAAUUUCGAUGUACUAUUAAUCCACCAUCUGAUAUUAAUAAUAGUGGAAAAGUUUCGAAAAAACAUAGUGAAAAUUUAAUUAUUUAUUCAUCGAAUAUGCCUCAAUAUUUAUCUACGAAUAAAGAAAAAGAAUUAAUUGAAAUAGCGACUACUCUUGUUACCAAAGGCAAAGGUUUAUUAGCUGCUGAUGAAUCUACAGGUGGAAUUCAAAUAAAAACUAUUCAAUUACACGAAACAUUUUUUUUAGGUUCAAUGUUAAAACGUCUUCAAUCAAUUGGAUUAGAAAAUAAUGAAGAAAAUCGUCGUUUUUAUCGUCAAAUUUUGUUUACUGGUUCAAAAGAUCUUUCAAAUUAUAUAUCCGGUGUUAUUUUCUUUCAUGAAACAUUAUAUCAAGAUGAUGAUAAUGGAAAAGCAUUUCGUGAAAUAUUAAAAGAAAAAGGUAUUAUAUGUGGUAUUAAAGUUGAUAAAGGUCUUGUACCAUUGGCUGGUACAAAUGGAGAAAAUACCACACAAGGUCUUGAUGGACUUAGUGAACGAUGUACUCAAUAUUGUAAAGAUGGUGUUCGUUUUGCUAAAUGGCGAUGUGCAUUAAAAAUUGGUGAUGGUUUACCAUCGGAAUUAGCUAUUCAUGAAACAACAAAUAUUUUAGCACGUUAUGCAUCAAUCUGUCAACAAAAUGGUAUUGUUCCCAUUGUUGAACCAGAAGUAUUAUCAGAAGGUGAUCAUGAUUUAGAUAGAUGUCAAUAUAUUACUGAAAAAGUCCUAGCUGCUACAUAUAAAGCACUUAAUGACCAUCAUGUUUUCUUAGAAGGAACACUUCUUAAACCAAAUAUGGUUACUGCUGGUUUUGAUUGUAAAAAGAAAUAUACACCGGAAGAUAUUGCUCGAGCAACUGUAAUAGCAUUACAACGAACUGUUCCACCAGCUGUACCUGGUAUUUGUUUUUUAUCUGGUGGACAAUCGGAAGAAGAAGCAUCAAUUAAUUUAAAUGCUAUCAAUCAGUAUCCAGGCAAGAAACCAUGGGUAUUAACAUUCAGUUAUGGACGAGCACUUCAAGCUAGUGUACUUAGUACAUGGGCUGGUAAACGUGGAAAUAUAUCUGCUGCACAAAAUCAACUUCUUAAACGAGCUCAAGCACAUAGUGCUGCUGCAAAAGGUGAAUAUAAGGGUGGUGCUGAAGGUGCAUCUGGUGGUCAAUCGUUAUUUGAAGCGAAUCGUGAUUACUAA